AUUCAAAUAAUUGUGAUUAUUUAAAUUAUGAUCUCUAUAGAGUUGUUGCGUUUAUGUCAAUUGUUUUACGUCGCAUGAAGUGUUUAUAUGUGAUAAAAUGUUAUUGAGUGGUUUUUUCUCUUGGCGAAUGGAUGUUUGUGUGAUAAAAAUUGAAGAUGUUGCUAUAUGACAACUCGGCUUGUAAGCUUAUGUCUAUUUUCAUUGGAGCAGUUCAGGUCUGUUUUAUGAAAGCUCCUGUCGGAGAUUGUGAUAAUUGCUGCCAAAGAGAUGACAAUGAAGACAUUAAAUAUAAACUGUACACGAGGAAUAGGCCAUACCUGUCUAGACACGAGAUCAUUAGGGUGAACGACUUUGCAUCGCUAAACAGAACACAGUUCAGCUUCUCGCAGCCGACUGUCAUCUAUUUAUUCGGGUUUUCAGAAUCAGCAACUGGCGCUAGUACUGUUGCAUUAAAAAAUGCGUUCCUGAGCAACGGCGAUUAUAAUUUCAUAAGCGUAGAUUGGUCGCGUCUCAUCGUGUUCCCUUGGUAUAUUUCGGCGCUGAGAAACACACGUUACAUGGGGAAACGUCUGGCAGACUUUAUUCAGUUUCUGGAUACAGCAGGCGUACCAGCAGGAAGCGUGUAUGUUAUCGGGUUCUCUCUGGGCGCUGAGGCUGCUGGUUUUGCGGGGAAAGAGCUACAAAGAAGAGGGCUUAAGCUGGGUAGGAUAACAGGAUUAGAUCCCGCCUAUCCUGGCUACAGCGUUGCUGACAGUUCAGGACAUCUAGCAAAAGGCGACGCCAUAUUUGUUGACGUCAUACAUACGAACCCAGGGGUUUUUGGUUUCCCGAAACCAAUAGGUGACGUGGACUUCUACCCUAACCCCGGUGCAUGGAUACAACCUGGGUGCUGGUUUGAUCAGCUCAUUAAGAAUCGGCAGUUGAGUUUUAUUUAUGGCUGCAGCCAUAACCGAGCGUGGCGGUUGUAUGCUGAAUCGUUACAGAACCCCUCAGGCUUCCCCGCGACGCUGUGCAUGGACUGGAGGAACGUCUCUUCACAAUGCGGCUUUACUAUGGAUGGAUUUAUGGGCUUUGGAGCUCAACCACCGACUCAAGGAAAGCUGUAUUUAACUACGAACGAUAAACCGCCGUUUGCAAGAAAUGGACCAUAACAUACGGUGUUUAUCUAAAACAUAGAUAAUACUGUCAGAUGGGAAUAGUCAUUACCGUGCUGCUAAACAGUAUAAAUAAACAAU